CCGAAUCUCCUAGUUUACCUCUUUUACUGGGUCUUUACAUUUUUUUGGGAUCUUUACAAUUAAGUUGAGGGUGGUUUACGAUAUUAAUCAUGUUGCUCUUUCGGCGGGCCUUAGUGAUAGUGUUCACAGUAGCAAUAACGGGCGGGUACUACGCGCGGGCGGAGAAAGCGUCCGAUAAGUACACCAAAAAGGCAAACGUUUUGCCCGACUCGGAGAUCUAUGAUCCGGACUUUCGCAACAUCCAGCGGCCUUUCCGGAUGGCAAAGUUGAAUCUGGUUUGGACGAAAGCUCAACAGCGGCUGACCGAACCGAAACUCAAAUCGAUCUACACCGAGCUGAAGCUGCACGAUAAGGAAGAGAUCACGUACAAGCAGCUCAAGGAGAAGGACAAAGAUGGGCUUAAGGAGGCGCAGCUGCGGGAUAAGCUAGUACGAAUCAUGAGCACCUACGGAUUGCUGGAACACUUUGACGACACCCAGGAUCCAGAAAAGUACAAGCACCACAAGGCGAACGGUGGCGGUGUAGGCAAGGAUGCGUACAGGAACAAGAGCUUGUUUAAGGACAAGAAGCUGAACAAACUGUGGGACAAGGCGGAAGGGGCCGGCUUCACGAAGGAGGAGCUCGAUGCGCUGCGGGAAGAGUUCGACCAUCAUCAGACGAAGAUUGACGUUUACUAUAAUCUGCUCGAACAGUUAGGGGACACGGACAAUCAGCCCGACGAUGGGGCUCACCAGAACGCGAUCAACGACGAUGAACAUGACCGGUACAACGAGAUUGACCGUGCCGAAGAGCCAGAACCACAGGGCAUCAACAAGCAACAUGCGCACCUGCACAAAUCUAAUCAACUGCGCGAAAAGCACCGCGAAAUCCGGGAUAACUUUGAUCGCUUGGAGCGCAUCGCCGCGCAAGGACCGAAGAGCCAGGAUUUCGUGGAACCGAAGGUACAGGGUUUGUGGCGAGUCGCGCUAGCCAGUGAGUUUAGUGCGGAUGAGUUGGCCUCGUUAAAGGUGGAGCUGCUGCACUACGAAAGCCGGUUGCUCAAGCUGCGCCACAUGCACGCCGAGCAUGCACUCAGCCUCGAGAAGCACAAGCAAACCGAUGCCAAGGCGGACACGCACAAGAUGAUGGAGGACAACAUCAAGAAGCAGACGCGCAAGGUGGAGAAGAUACAGGAGGAGGUCGAGCGACGAAUUUUCAAACACUCCGAACUUUGAGCAACUGGUAUGCGGCGCUAUGAUAAAAAAGCCAUUUUAGGAACAAACCUUUUUUCUAAAUAAAGAAUGAAUGUCGAGCCUCGCGACAUUGCAAGAGAAAUGUGUAAUUACUAUUUUU